UUGUGUGUGUGUGUGUGUGCAGUUUCUGAUUCUGCCAGCAGCCAGCAGCAUGUGGAUGGAAUAGAAAGAGAGAGAGAGAAAGAGAAAACAAGUGACAGCGAAGGGAGAGACACAUCGAGGAAGAGGUAGCCAGAGAGCUUGCUUUCUUCCCAAAGAUCCUCAUUAAUUACCUCUCUGAGCUACACAUAGGGGCUCCAGGGGCCACCUGCUGCCUUCAGCAUCUCUCCUUGCAGUGGUCUCCCACAUUGGAGUCAAGGAUACAGGAGACCUAGAGGUGGCAGCCCUGUCCCCCUCCUCCUGAUCCCACCUCGCAGGCUGUCUUUGUUUUCCUGGGACGUACAAGUGGAAGUGAAGAGAGACUAGGGAUCCGCGGAGGAGCAGAGGCAGGCAGGAAGAUGCACAUUAACCGGGAGGUUUCCGCCAGUAAAGGAUCUCCAACCAGUGAGGUAAUUAUAGUCUCCGGUGUCCUCGCCCUCAGCUUGAGUAUCACUAUUGUCAUGUGCGGACUCUGCCAGUGGUGCCAGCGUAAACUAGGGAAACGCUACAAAAAUUCUCUGGACAAUGUGGGGACUCCUGAUUCUAGCCGUGGCAUCCGCAACGAGAAGAAAGCUUUAAAUGAUCUAGACAAAGACUUUUGGAAUAACAAUGAGAGCACAGCCCACCAGAAAUGGAGCUCUUACCCUCCAAAGGAGUUUAUCCUAAACAUUUCACCUUACGCCCCCUAUGGUGACCCAAGGCUGGCCCUCAAUGGCACAGUGUUGUCUGGUAGUAAGUCAGCUGCAUGUGGAACCUCUGGGUUACUGGACAAAGAUGGCCGACUGGGAGACAAGCAGUUUCACAGUGAAAGCAUGAAGAUUAGCACGUCUUCCCAAAGCCAUCACAGUGAACCAGGUCUUGGCAAGCCAGGGAGAGGCCGAUGGCACACAGUUCAGAGCCACCUGGUAUCCGGGAAUCUCAGUCGAACCAACUUUGUGGACCCAACUUUGCCAGCAGCUACCACCCUCGACCACAUCCCCACCUCUGCAGGAGACCUAAAGUGUCCUCGUCCUCGCACGCUGCUUCGCCAACAGAGCCUCCAGCAACCUCUCAACCUUCACCAAAAGCACAAUAACUGCCAGCAGCCAACCACCAGCCAGAGCCUGGGGCAGCUACAGUUACAGCAACAACCUCCAUCAUCCAGCAGCAGUAACACCAGCAAUCCCCGCUCACAACGCACUGCCACAAACCGGCCUCCAUCCUCAGCUGGGUCCAAGCAUAGAUCAGCUGGCAUUAGGAACCGGACCAACCCAGGCAGCUGGGACCAUGUGGUUGGUCAGAUUCGCAAUCAUGGCCUGGACAUGAAAUCUUUCUUGGAAGGCCGCAUGGUGGUGCUGUCUUUGGUGCUGGGUCUCUCCGAGCAGGACGACUUUGCCAAUAUUCCUGAUCUGCAAACCAAUGGGUCUCAACAGAACCAGAAUACUCAGGGUGAAAAGAGAGUGCCAGCUGGGACCAAAACCACAAACGCAACAGCGGUGCCAGGACAAGCGCAUCCAGAUGAGACUGACCGAAAAACAGACCAGCGCUCAUCGGUAUCAGACUUGGUGAACUCACUGACUAGUGAGAUGCUCAUGCUGUCUCCUGGUUCAGAUGACGAAGAUGGACAUGACACAUCAGGACGAGAAACUCUUGGGCGCAUUCAGUUUAGUGUGGGCUACAACUUCCAGGAAUCCACUCUUACUGUUAAAAUCAUGAAAGCUCAGGAAUUGCCAGCUAAGGACUUCAGUGGGACCAGUGAUCCAUUUGUCAAGAUAUAUCUGCUGCCUGACAAGAAGAACAAGCUGGAGACCAAGGUGAAGAGGAAAAACCUCAACCCACAUUGGAACGAGACCUUCCUCUUCGAGGGAUUUCCAUAUGAAAAAGUGGUGCAGAGAGUCCUGUAUCUACAAGUUUUGGACUACGAUCGAUUUAGUCGCAAUGAUCCCAUCGGAGAAGUAUCACUCCCUCUGAACAAGAUAGACUUGACACAGAUGCAGACCUUCUGGAAAGAGCUAAAACCGUGCAGUGAUGGCAGUGGAAAACGUGGUGAACUGCUGCUGUCCCUUUGCUUCAAUCCCUCAGCGAAUUCUAUCAUUGUCAACAUCAUCAAAGCACGGAAUCUAAAAGCCAUGGACAUCGGGGGAACCUCAGAUCCUUAUGUGAAGGUAUGGCUUAUGUUCAAGGACAAGAGGGUUGAGAAGAAAAAGACAGUGGUUAUUAAGCGGUGUCUAAAUCCAAUCUUUAAUGAAUCCUUCAUCUUUGAUAUCCCCACUGAGAAACUCAGAGAGACCACCAUAAUCAUAACUGUCAUGGACAAAGACAAGCUUAGUCGUAAUGAUGUCAUUGGCAAGAUCUACCUGUCUUGGAAGAGUGGUCCUGGAGAGGUGAAACACUGGAAAGAUAUGAUUUCCCAUCCGAGAACAGCUGUAGCACAAUGGCACCAACUUAAGGCUUGAACUGACUGCUUUUCUGCACUCUGAUCUCCUGCAGUCUUCGGUUACCUCCAACCAAACCAACGCAUUGGCCAUGCUCUUACUGUCUGCACAAAAACAACCUGCAGGCUUCUAUAAGGAACAGCCAGCUUGGAACUCUGGGUAACAGGAUGCCUUGGGGCCAGUCUGUGCCAUCUGCAGCUCUUCAACAAGGACUGUGCUUCAAAACUUUCCUUAUAUUUGUUGUACCAGGCACAGCUGCAGUGUUCUUCUGGCCUCAUGAAGAGCGGCACCUCCCAAAACAGUGUUACAGAGACGCUGAGAAGGGCAGGGCGGGAUUAUCCCGCAGGAAACCUCUCUCUCUCUCUCUCUCUCUCUCUCUCUCUCUCUCUCUAGGCUGCUAAGCCUGCAAACUUUCCACAGCUUCUACAAAUACAUGCUGGCCACAGCAGCACUGUACUGUGCCUAUGGUGGUUGUCAAUAUAACAGCUCACUUUUUGUAGUGGUGCAAAGGUGCAAUGAACCCUAUGAAGUUUUUUUAGGGUAUUUUCUUUUAUUUAUAGAAAGCAGAGAUAAAGAGCAAUACUUGUGUUAUUGCUUCUUAGAAACCUCCUAACGUGCCACUUAAUGGAGCACGAAGGUAGGUUUAGGGUGGACUCCACAAACUUUUUGCUGUACGUGUGGUUGUCAGUGUCCAAUGUGCAUCAAGCAAUGUGCGAUUGUGUGUGUGUGAGUGUGUGUGUGUGUGUGCGUGCGUGUUCUCUUUUUUUUCUCUCCCCCUCUCUGCUCACUUUUUUCCCUACUUUCCGUUUUGGCGGGAAUGGGAUGAUGCUCUGAUGCACCUGCCUAUCUUCAUACCGUGAUUCUUUGUAGCUUUGUUUGUUGCCUUUUUAAUUUUACAUUCUGUUUUCCACUGAAUAGGUUAUUUUUCAGAGUUUCGGUAAAAAAAAGAAAAAUGUUUU